UCAGUUUCGUGUAUAUUGUGGUGUGUCUCGCACAGGUAAAUUCACCUGACGUGAUUGGAUAAUCCGAGUUGUUUUUAGUUCGUGGUUUUUAAAUGUGGUUUUAAACUUAUCUGUUAGUGCAAUAAGUGUUUAUAAAGUAAUAUUUACCUUUUUUUACCUGUCGGAUAUUUAAUAAUUUUAAAGUGUACCUAUUAGAUCAUCCAAUCUUCAAAAUGUUUAACAUACCACCUCCGUAUCCCCCCAAUUUGGAGCUUGUGUUCCUUUGAGCAAUGCUAAAAUCUUUAGAAGAUUACAUAGUAGAAAUGGAAAACCGUAGUUCACACGAUGAAGCUCAAGCUCAAAAUAUGAGCGAAGACAUUUGGACUCAAUUACAACAAAAAGAGAAUGAUAUUGUAUUGGCCGCAGAGUUGGGGAAAGCUCUCCUGGAGAAAAAUGAAGAACUGAGGAAACAACAAGAGGUUCUAGUGGAGGAAUAUUCAAAGAAAUUAGAGGCAGUCGAACAAGAUCGUCACAUCUUGAGGCGAAAACUUCACUCGAAAGAAUCCGAAUUAGAUGCUCGCAUCAUCGAACUACAAAAUGAUGUCCUCGAAUUAACAUCGAAGGUAAACGCCAAAGACAACUUACUUAAGCAGCUGGAGCGAGAAAAAAGCAGCUUGGUGGCUGAACUAACAGCGCAAAACACGAGGCUAACCACGCAGCUGAAGCAAGAGUCGCAGAAACAGCAACAUCUUAGGAGCGAGUUGGAUAAAUACAAGGAGCAGUUGAUGUUAGGAAAACAUAAUUUUCAGGAGCACAUAAGGAGUACUGUUGGUUUGCGAGACGAAUUAGAUAUGCUUACUGAAAAAAACAAGGAUAUCGAAAUUCGAUUGCAGAUGGCCGAAGCUGAGCGAGAUAGUAUAUCUGUGGAGUUGGAGGAGGCAUCAGACAGAAUAAGACUCAUGAAAAUGCAUGCUAGGGAGCAAGAUGCCCGAUACCAACAAAGCCUCAAAGAAUAUAGUUUACCUCAGGAGAAAAUGUCAAUUGAAGAACGAGUUAGUGAUGGUGAACAUCGAUCUCUCUUAUCAGAAAUGGACGUUUCCGAGCCAACGUUAUCACAAGAAUGUCUAUCAGUGUAUCGGCAACUGAGAUCCCUAGUAUCCCAACUGAGGUCCCAUUCUGACGAUGACAGCGGACUGCAUUCAGAUUGUUCAUCUUCUUCACUAGAUGAUUCGUCAAGGUUUUCUCCCGGUUUACUAAGUGAAGUUGCUCAGGAGCUGGUUAGUCUCGUUUUAGACACAGACAUUGUUAACAUCCUAGAAAGUCUGGAACAAGCCAGGAGACAAAUCCUAGAGCAAGGUGAAGAACUGAACAGAAGAAGUGGAAGGCUCAGAGAAUUGACUAGUAAAGCGUCUGUGUGUGAAGUAGAACUCGCAGCAGCCGUUGAAGAAAGAGACAGAGCCCGUCACGAUGCCUCUUACUCAUCUCUGGCACAGGACGAGGCAGUGAUGAAAGCCAGAGAUGAACGGGAUAUAGCUGUGCAACGACGUACAAAGGUUGAAGUGGAAUUAGCCAGAACAAGGGUUGAACUGAUGCAAGCUAGUAGUCAGUUGAUAGAGUCAAUACAACAAAAGGUCGAAUUGAGUCAACAGCUUGAACAGUGGCAGAUGGACAUGGAGGAGCUAUUGAAUGAACAGCUCAAGAACAAACUUUCAAAUCAAGAAAUCAAAAUGCGAAAGACUAGUGAAGAACCUAUAGCACCUCCCCAAAGAAAACUCUUAAGAUUUUUUUAUCGAUGAAACAAUAAUUAGGAAUUCAUCCAAGUAAUCUUUAUAGACUGGAUACUUGAUUUUAAAUUGUUCAUUGAAAGAAAUAUUAUUGAUCAUUGUACAAGCAGACAUUUUCCUGAGAUUAUUUAUUGUAAUAUAUGAUUCUCUACAGAAUCAAAGUG